UUUUAACGUCGCCGCGUUGACUGUUUCGCCUUAUUGCGGUUUCCUUAUUUUUCACUUUUCCACUUGCAGCGAGCAUUGAAUUCAAUUUAAAUUAGUUUACAUUGUGCCUUUGUACGUCUUUUGCCCGUCCAGUGUGAUAACAACAAACAAAAGCCAACCAAAGUGCCGAAGAAGUGCAGUAAAAUCGGAUGUGCAGACAGGAAUUUUAACCGUUGCAACUUGUGUAGAAAAAAAACGAUCUUAAAGCGAGCACAUAAAAAUAAAAGUAAAAAAAAAUCAGAAUCCGAAUUUAAAAAUAGACCAAUGCACGGCAAAUUAUGAGAUAUCUAAAGACGGUCAAUUAAAAUAGUAUUUCGUGUUGGCUGUGAUUUUUUUCAGAUUGCUGCUGCUCCUAGUUGAUUUUGCUGAUCGCCGGAUCAGGCUUAGGCCGGGCCCAACCACUAAAUCUCCACCUAAUCCGCGAUGGGUCGCUGGGGCCGGCAGAGUCCGGUGCUGGAGCCGCCGGACCCGCAGCUGCAGAACACGCCUCCACCGCCCACACUACCGCCGCGCACCUUCAUGCGGCAGUCGAGCAUUACCAAGAUCGGGAACAUGCUCAACACGGCAAUCAACAUCAACGGGGCCAAAAAGCCAACAAGUAAUGGAGAGGCGUCCUGGUGCUUCUCACAGAUUAAAGGCGCCCUAGACGAUGAUGUCACGGAUGCGGACAUCAUAUCCUGCGUGGAAUUCAAUCACGAUGGCGAGCUGCUGGCCACUGGUGACAAGGGCGGGCGCGUCGUCAUCUUUCAGCGUGAUCCUGCCUCGAAAGCCGCCAAUCCCCGACGCGGCGAAUACAAUGUCUAUUCGACAUUCCAAUCGCACGAGCCCGAAUUCGAUUACCUCAAGUCGCUGGAGAUUGAGGAGAAGAUCAACAAGAUUCGAUGGCUCCAACAGAAGAAUCCUGUGCACUUUCUGCUCUCGACCAACGACAAGACGGUCAAGUUGUGGAAGGUCAGUGAGCGCGACAAGUCGUUUGAGGGCUACAACACGAAGGAGGAGAACGGCCUGAUCCGCGAUCCACAGAACGUAACGGCCCUGCGGGUCCCAUCCGUAAAGCAGAUACCGCUGCUGGUGGAGGCCUCCCCACGGCGCACCUUCGCCAAUGCACACACCUAUCACAUCAAUUCAAUUAGCGUUAAUUCAGACCAGGAAACCUUCUUGUCGGCCGACGACCUCCGCAUUAAUCUCUGGCACUUGGAGGUGGUCAACCAGAGCUACAACAUCGUCGACAUCAAGCCAACCAACAUGGAGGAGUUAACGGAGGUGAUCACGGCGGCCGAGUUCCACCCGACCGAGUGCAAUGUGUUCGUGUACUCGAGCUCCAAGGGCACAAUACGAUUAUGUGAUAUGCGAUCGGCGGCGCUAUGCGACCGGCACAGCAAACAGUUCGAGGAGCCCGAGAACCCAACGAAUCGCAGCUUCUUUAGCGAAAUAAUCAGCUCCAUCAGCGAUGUGAAGCUGAGCAACUCGGGUCGCUACAUGAUCUCCAGGGAUUACUUGAGCAUCAAGGUGUGGGAUCUGCACAUGGAAACGAAGCCCAUUGAGACCUAUCCGGUCCAUGAAUACCUGCGUGCCAAACUGUGCUCGUUGUAUGAAAACGAUUGCAUCUUCGACAAGUUCGAGUGCUGUUGGAAUGGCAAGGAUAGCUCAAUAAUGACCGGGAGCUACAACAACUUCUUCCGCGUGUUCGACCGCAAUUCGAAAAAGGAUGUGACGCUGGAGGCGUCUAGGGACAUCAUCAAGCCGAAGACGGUGCUGAAGCCACGGAAAGUUUGCACUGGCGGCAAACGGAAGAAGGACGAGAUCAGCGUGGACUGCCUCGACUUUAACAAGAAGAUCCUGCACACCGCCUGGCACCCGGAAGAAAAUAUCAUCGCCGUGGCUGCGACUAAUAACCUAUUCAUAUUUCAGGAUAAAUUUUAGCCAACACUCUUCACAAGAACCACACCAUACGCCACAAUCACACCAGCAACUUUAACUACAGAAACACCAACAACUACGAACGCGCCGCAUUCUAAUGUUAAUUCAAUCGGUUUGUUUCAAAAGCGUUUUCAAAUUUCACUCGCAAUUCGAUUGUUUGCCUAACACCAUUACCUCAGGCCACCAUCCAUCUACACCCUUUUUUCCCUUCCCGCCUCCAAAAACCAAAACCUUACAUCAUACAUAAUGCCAUAGCAAAAGCUUUGUAAUGUAUUUUUGCGCUAAAGGCGUAUAACGAGAAACAAAACCAGAAACUUAAGAAAAAGAAACAAAUUUUUAUACAUAACAUUUAUAAAUAGUGAAGCGUAAAGUUGAUUUCUUGUAGCGCAAUUCAAAAAAAAACACAUAAGAGUAAUAUUUAAUAACAAUUGAUUUUCCCGAAAAUUUUGUAUAAUUAGCGCCAGCGCCGAAGUAUUUGUAAUAAAAGAUAAUAAUAUACAACUUAAAAAAAUCAUAAUAUGCAUAUUGUAAUAUUUUUUCUGAUUGCUUGUUAAGUUUACGAACUAUGCGCCCUGUUUGCUCUUCUUUAUAAACAUAGACUAAAUACGAAUUUCCGAUUGUUUAUUUGUUUGACAACGUUCAUUCCACGCAAAAGGAGACGAUAAACCACAGAGCUUAUCGAUCGAUUAUGUCUCAUUUUAAAUCUCAUCAACGUCAGCAAUCGAACAGCCGGAAGUUGUCUCAGUCAAACCAAUUCAAAAUGCUCAUUUAAACACUUUAAUUCACUAAGAAUCCAAUGCUAGACCAGAAAGCAGAAGUCAAAGAAGAGGCAGACGCGGAAGAAGUAUGAAUUAAAUGCAUUGAUAACGUAUGCAUUGCAAGUUAAAAAGAUACAUAUAUAUACAUAAAAAAACGCAGCCUAAGUUAAAAAUACAAUUUAGUGUUCUCAAUUCGUUUAAUUUAGUCUCUACCUAAAAUGAAAAAAAUACAAACAAAAAGAAAACACUAUUUUUAUACGCUACAUUUAAGCUAAGUAUUGCUACUUUUAGUUCAACUAUGCGUGCGUGCGUCCAAGACCAAUUCUCACAUAUAGUCUGCCUGCCCCCUUGGCCCCGCCCCCGUUUUCAUCGGUCAACGAUUUUUCCAACCUCUUUAUUGUUUUGUAAAGUUUCUUUUAUCCAUUGUCAUGUUUUCCAUAAAGAACUAUAAACAAAACUGAACCAUUUUUAUAGGUUAUCUAGUGUCUAGUGUUAACAAAAAAAAAUAUAUAAAAACAAACCAUAAAUGAAAAUAAAAGUAAAUAAACGAUGCGCUGAAAAUGUUAAACGAAAAAACUCUGAAAAAUGUACGGCAGCAAGUUCAAAAUACUGAAAUGUAAACGCAUAAAAUGAUGAAAUAAAAACUUAAACAACAUAAA